AAAGAUGUUUGGUCUUUGGUGAGCUGUGUCUCCCUGGCCUGCUUGCUCUUCUCACUCAAUAAUAAUAUACAUUUUUCUCCAUCACAUGGCAUGAACCCUGAACCCCUUUUCUUUGUAUAUACAAUCUCCCCAUCUCAUUUUUUUCUCCCCCUUUCUUUCCUUUCACUCCCUUGUAAAUUAUGUGGGAUUAUUGUGAAGCAUCAUAAUGAAGUUCCUACCUUUUGAUCUUCACUUAAGGUGGACUAUAAUUCUUUCUCUCUUUGUAAAUAUAUCAUCUCAGCUCAACAUAGAUGGAGUUGCUUUGCUCUCUUUUAGGUACUCAAUAAUCAGUGACCCGCGGAACGUCUUGAGUAACUGGAAUCCAUAUGAUCAGACGCCUUGUCAUUGGAACGGCGUUACAUGUGAUGCUCCGGGCACUUUGGAUGCCUUCUCUAGAGUCAUAGGAUUGUCUUUGCCAAAUUCUCAGCUUCUAGGCUCUAUUUCUGCUGAUCUUGGUGUCAUUCAGCACCUUCAGAACCUCAAUCUUUCAGGCAAUUCAAUCAAUGGCUCAAUUCCUUUGUCACUUUACAACGUCUCGAGUCUUCGUGCACUUGAUCUUUCCAAUAAUCUGAUCUCUGGUGAGCUCUCUGAGCUUGUAGGAGGCCUAACCAAUCUCGAAUCACUCAAUCUAUCUGAUAAUGCAUUGGGUGGAAAAAUUCCCAUCAACCUCUCUAAUCUCCACAACAUAACUUCCCUUUCCCUAAAAAACAACUACCUCUCUGGCAAUAUUCCGGCUGGGUUUAAUUCACUCAAAAUUCUUGAUCUGUCUUCUAAUCUCAUCAAUGGAUCAUUGCCUUCGAGUUUUGGAAGCACCAAUCUUGUGUACCUUAACCUCUCGUACAACAAAUUAUCCGGUGAAAUUCCGCCAGACUUUGCUAACAAACUUCCAGCAAACAUAACCUUAGAUCUCUCUGUCAACAAUUUCACUGGCCCUAUUCCAUCCUCAAGUAUUUUCAGCAAUCAAAGCAUCAAAGCCUUUUCCGGGAAUCCUGAAUUAUGCGGAAAGCCGCUGAAAAAUCUUUGUGUAAUACCAUCAACCAACUCUUCAGCCCCCAAUGUCACCUCAUCAAAAUCUCCGCCAGCAAUAGCAGCCAUUCCUAAAACAAUAGACUCAUCCCCUUCCUCAGGGACUGGUAAAAAACCCGAAACAGGCGUAAAAACCGGAACAAUCAUCGGUAUCGUAGUCGGCGAUGCAGCCGGAAUAGCCUUACUUGCAAUGAUCCUGAUAUACAUUUACAAGAAAAGAGUUGCGAAAAGAAAAAAGCUAGAAGCGGCACAAGAUUUCAACUGGGCCACAACUUCUUCAGAGGAAAGCAAGUGGCUGAAAUCAUGGGCCUGUUUAUUAAACAGAAGAAAUGAUAAACAAGAGUCAUUUGAUUCAUCCUCCACAGAGAGUGAAGAAGAGAAGCACCAAGUGUUUGAUAUAAGUACACAAAAGCCUGAGGUUCCGAAAAGUUCAGGAUCACUUGUAACAGUUGAUGGAGGAGAAAAGAAUCAUGAGCUAGAGCUGGAGACAUUGCUUAAGGCCUCAGCGUAUAUAUUAGGCGCCACGGGCUCGAGCAUUAUGUACAAAGCGGUUCUUGAAGAUGGGACUGCGCUGGCGGUUCGGAGGAUUGGCGAGAGUGGGCUCGAGAGGUUCAGGGAUUUCGAGAACCAGGUUCGAGUUAUCGCGAAAUUGGUGCACCCAAACUUGGUUAAAAUUCGAGGGUUCUAUUGGGGCGUUGAUGAGAAGCUGGUGAUUUAUGAGUUUGUUCCUAAUGGAAGCCUCGCUAAUGCUCGUUACAGGAAGGUGGGCUCCUCGCCCUGCGCUUUGCCGUGGGAAGUACGGCUCAAGAUAGCAAAGGGCAUGGCACGUGGACUAGUUUACAUACACGAGAAAAAGCAAGUUCAUGGAAAUUUAAAGCCCACUAAUGUUUUAUUGGGCUUCGAUAUGGAGCCCAAGAUCGGUGAUUUUGGGCUCGAAAGGCUUGUUUCAGGUGACAACAGCUACAAAAGCAGUGCUUCAACAAGAAAUUUCGGUAGCAAGAGGUCCACUGCAUCUCGAGAUAGUUUCCCAGAAUACAUUGGGGGGGCCACACCAAGUCCAAGCCCAAGCUCAAUGGGCUGUUCGCCGUACUAUGCACCGGAGUCUCUACGCAGCCUAAAGCCCACUUCAAAAUGGGAUGUUUAUUCAUUCGGAGUUGUGUUGCUUGAAUUGUUAACCGGGAAGGUUAUUAUUUCUGAUGAGUUCGGCCCAGAUGCGAUAAUCGGGUCGGGCACGUGGGAAAAGAAUAAAAUCUUGAGAAUGGCUGACAUGGCAAUACGUGCUGACAUGGAAGGCAAGGAGGAAUCCUUGUUGGCAUUAUUGAGAUUAGGAUACAAUUGUAUAUCUCCAUUGCCACAAAAGAGACCAUCUAUGAAAGAGGCGCUUCAUGUUCUUGAUAAGUUUCCUAUAUCAACUUCACCAUCAUCCUACUAUUAUGGUCACUAGGGAAGCUGAUUUACUGACUUGUUUGUGUUGACUGGUUGCUUUUUUAUUUGGUUUAGACAGUUUGGACAACAUGUAGUAAAUAGAUUUGUAAGCUAGGAAUGACAUGAGUUAUUGUUGAUCAACUUUCCUAUAGUGUUUUUCUAACUUAAGUUUUGUAUUUUUCUUUCCAUCUCAAAUGAAUAAUAAAGUUUGUGGAUUGUUCA